AUUUCCUUGCAUGUAAGGAUAAAGAACCAUUUUUCUGAAUCGGUAUUCCAUAUUGAAGGUAAUAUAUGACCUGUUCACUGGAGUUCUUUCGCUAAAAACAAGUGAAGUUGAGUGAUCUUUGAUUUAAAUCGUGUUCUACAUUAAGGUGAAAGAUGGCUUCAAGAAAAAGGACAAUGGUUUCGGACAGUGCUAGUGAGUUCAGUUUGGAUAUCUACAAAGCGAUCACAAGAUCUUCAAACAAUGACAACCUUUUCAUGGCGCCAACAAGCAUUUGGAUUGUCAUGGCAAUGGUUAAUGUUGGAGCAAGAAAUGUCACAAGAGAGCAGAUAGAAGCAGCUUUAAAACUGAGGUUUAAAGACGAGGAAGUGAUGCUGGACGAGUUUGAAAAGUUUUCGAAAGUACUUAAUCAAGGAAAUAGGAAGUCUGUCAAGCUUCAAGUUGCAAACAGGCUCUACCCGUACUCGGGAAGAUCCAUUUUGCCGAAGUAUAUUUCAACCAUUUCGCAGCACUUUGGAACUGAUGUUAAGCCUCUGGAUUUCGAAUCCUGUCCAGAUGAAUCAAGAAUUUCAAUAAACAACUGGGUUGAAGAAGUCACAGAACAGAAAAUCAAGAAUGUGCUACCCGAUGGUUCUAUUAACUCUUUGACAAGGUUGGCCAUCGUCAAUGCUAUAUACUUUAAAGGUAAUUGGGCGAUGCCAUUUAAACGUAGAAAUACGAGGGAUCGCGAUUUCCACCUUAUUGACGGCGGUAUUGUUCAAGUUCCUAUGAUGACUAUCGUGCAAGAGGAACUAAAAUACGACGAAAAUUCAGAACUUGGUUGCAAAGUGCUCCACUUACCGUACGAAGGCGACGAUUUAACGAUGGUUAUCAUUUUGCCGACAGAAAUUGACGGACUGCUCGAACUGGAAACAAGACUUGACUCGCAGGCCCUGUUGAAAAUCAUCGAUGAUGUGUUUUUUCGAAGGGUAGAAGUAUAUCUUCCGAAGUUUAAACUGGAAUCUUCGUUUGCCCUCUCCAAAACUUUGUCCGCUUUGGGAAUGGUAGACGCUUUUAGCAGGGACGAGGCCGACCUAUCGGGAAUGGGGACGGAUUUGUACGUGUCCAACGUGUUCCACAAAGCGUUCGUUGACGUGAACGAAAAGGGCAGCGAGGCGGCAGCAGCUACAGCGGCUGCCGUAAUAGAACGUUGCCCACCCCCUCGUCCCAGAAAGUUCAAGGCCGAUCACCCGUUCCUCUUCCUGAUCUGGGACUUCAAGCUCAGGGUGCCGCUUUUCAUAGGACGGUAUAUGCAUCCGCCUUCACAGUCUAGCUCGACUCACCGUUAACACGUUGAUAAAAGGAAGGAAUAUACAACAUGUACUUAUUUUUAUGAAUGCCGAGGAGUGAAAGCGAGUUCAGAAUUACAUUUAAAUAUUAGCAGCCUAGACAACUUAUAUGUUUUCCAUUAUGAUUUUCCAUAAAUUUUUGUUCAUUUGCCAUACACGGUUGCUUUCCUCGUGCUAGAAAAGAACAUAACAGAACUUUUAUUCACCAGAAAGUCAUAUCUCCAUUAACACUGUUUUAACAGCUGAGUCAAACUACAUGUAUUGUGAAGUAAUUCUAAUUCGUCGAUCCCUGGGCGUUCGAGCCAACGGGGUUAGACUGUAUAUAAGCGUGAAAGCGAGUUCAGAAUUACAUUUAGAUAACAUUUACAUUUAAGUAGCAGCCUAGACAACUUUUUUUUCCUUUAUGAUUUUCCAUUAAUUUUGUCAUUCUAGCUUUGUUUUGUAUCCACAUUUUGAUCUAUAAAUAUUUCAUAACACUUGACCAUGUAUUGUAUCAUUAACACAGUUGUCUUUUAACUCUCCAUUUGUCAUGGUAAUCAACGAGUAUUUGCAUAUUCUCAUAAUUUUUUUUGUUUGUCGUUUUUAAACAAAUACUCAUGUACAAGACAAUAUUGUGUAUGGUACAUUGGUGCAAUAUUGUUACUAGAUAUUCAAACUAAUAUUAAACUUUUGAAAUACAUAAAA